AUGGAUGAAUAUGAGAAGCUACGGCCUGUUGGUCGAUUGGAACAAUAUUCAACAUCUCGUCACCAAGUUGGGUUUUACUUGAAUGUUGCUGUAUCGGCAACAUAUCACUUACCGGACACCUAUGUUCUCCCAGUGAAAGACUAUGUCUAUCAAGCCUGCGAAGCGGCAAUCGCUGAACAUCCGGCUCUAUCCGCAAUUGUGGCAGACGAUCACACGCAGGAGCCGUACUUCGUACGCUUGCCACAGGUGGACCUCGAUCGAAUCGUCUCAAUUCAAGAUCGGAAACCCGGUCUGUUGGCGACUGAAGCUAAUGGCGAGCCCGCUCCAGAUCUCGAUCUACAGACCCUUUUGGCAACAGAGCACAACACGCCCUUCAAAGCCCCUGAUGCUUUCUGGAGGAUCCGUCUUCUGUUAGAUGUCGAAGAUGAAUGUCAAUUCACUGUGGUGUUCGUGUUCCACCACGCCAUUGGAGAUGGAACUUCUGGAAAGGCAUUCCAUCAAACGUUCCUACGAGCCUUAGAUUCAAUAGGUGACUCGGAGAAGACCAAAUCAAUCAUCCAAUCGCCUUCAAACCCACUAUUGCCCAACAUUGAACGAAUCUCCUCAAUGUCUCUUUCCUUCCUAUAUCUCGCCAAGAAACUCUUCCAGGUCAAGGUUUACUCCCGCCGCCCACCAGGCUUGUGGUCUGGCUCGAAGAUCCUCGGCCCUUCACAGACCCGCGUGCGAUUAGUGCCAUUCUCUAAGCUGCUCGUCUCAGCCGUGAGAGACAUCUGCCGAGCCCAGAAAACAACCAUCACUGCUCUGCUUCAGACGGUCGUUGCUCGCGCCCUGUUCGCUAAUAUCCCGGAUUCAUUUACCCGGCUGGUCUGCACAGGGGCCCUUUCAUGCCGCCGUUGGCUGCCGGAGAUUACCGAUGACAUGAUUGGCGUCUGGGUUCAGGGCUUCGAAGAGACAUACCGCAGAGACAGCGUUUCGGCCCUGUGGGAGGAAGCGCGACGGUCUCGGAGGACGAUCGAGUCUGUCAUCAAGAUGAAGGGCAAGGAUUCCAGUACUAAUCUGCUACAAUUCGUCGAUGACUAUCAGGAGGAACUGUGUUUGUCCAAGAUUGGCAAGGACCGUGAGACCAGCUUUGAGGUCUCUAAUAUCGGCGUCAUUCCUCCCCAGAUGAAUUCGGACAAGCCUGCUAUUCACGGCAUGGUGUUCUCGCAGUCUGCCAGUGUUAUGGGUAAUGCUGUUGAAUUUUCGGCCGCCACUGGGGGUGAUGGUUGCUUGGUGCUGUCCGUUACAUGGCAGCAGAAUGUUGUGGAGCCAGAGCUCAUCCACGAGGUUGUGGAAUCUAUCAAGCAGGACCUGUAUGCACUUGCAGAGGUUUCAUGA